CAUUCAUUCCCUCGUUUGGACCUCGUGUUUUUUCUGGCCUUUUUUCUUUUCCUGCUUCCAUUGCUUCGGACGGCGGCUUACGCAUACACAUAAUUACGAGUUCGGUGCGAAUUCCCUCGUGGGGUGGCUUUCCAGCGAUUGAGUUGACCCAUUUCUCGUGUAUUGUACGCACUACGCUCUACCCUUGCGGCGGCGAUGCCUGUUUCGAUUAUGGACAAACUCCCCCGUCAGCUUGCAUCGAGCCCGUACGUUUCGAUGGUUUUGGCACGACGGCGCUUGCUCAUAUUGUUGGGCUUGCCACUGUUUCUCAUAAUUCUUUUCUUUUCCGGCACCGUCGGUGUUGACAACGAAUGGGGCCAUAGAUUGGAUAGCAUAGGUGAUAACUUCAAGGCCGGCGUCAGUUAUGUGACGGGCAACGGCACUGUCCGAGUUUCGUACCCCUCGACCGACGCCCCCGCCAACAGCUCAUCCUACAACCCCUUCCCCGACGACUUGUCUAGCGGCGCAACCCUCACAACUACCCGGACGAAGCCGUACGCGCGGCCAGGCUACGAACUACCUCUUGCUAAUGGAAUCCCGCUUCGCAUCAUGGCGCUCGGUGCCUCGACUACCCGCGGCGACAGCCCCGAGGAAGGGAUCGAUAACAACGGCUUUCGUCGCCCUCUUCGUGAGAAACUGAUGACCGUCGGCAAUAAGGUCAAUUUCGUGGGCACACAGCGACUCGGAAACAUGACGGAUAACGAUAUCGAGGCCUAUCCCGGUGUCGUUACGGCCACUAUCCAUGGCAACGCCAGGAAAGCAGUCCCAAAGUCGAAACCCAACUUGUUCCUCGUCAAUGCCGGCUCCAAUGAUUGUUUCCAGCAUGUCGACGUCGACAACUUCUACAAACGGUAUGACGCUCUGGUCCGCUAUCUCCUAGAGGCCUCACCUCGGUCUACUGUUGUCAUCUGCACCAUCCUGCCUACUUGGGACAAGCGGUUCAACGGCAGGGAGGAAGUCUGGCGCGUCAAUCCUCAGAUCCGGAGGCUAGCAAAAAUUUACAAGUCUGAGGAGCUUCCCGUCGUGCUCGCCGAGCUCCAGGGCCCGGAUGGGAUCCAAGAUGGCAACCUGGCUUCGGACGGCAUGCAUCCCGGCACUGCCGGCUACGAGAUGAUGGCCACCAAGAUGUAUCAGGCGAUCGUGGAAGCCGAUGCACGUGGUUUCUUGCAGCCGCCGGAGCCGGUCGCGGGCAUCCUGGACGACGGUGACGAGGAACGGAAGAACGAAGACUACAAAAAGUGGGUAGAGGAGAAGCGGAAGAUGGAUAACGCGACAGCGGCAGCCGAGCAAGCCGAAAUCAAGAGAAUGUUGGCGGAACUAGCAAAGAUGAAGGAGCAGAAGGAGAAGGCGAAGCACGAGAAACCAAAAGAUACCCGAUUGCGGCGACAUCCCAAGAUGCUCUUUUAAUAAGAGGAUAAGCGGGUUCUUGGUCUGGGAUGGGUUGGGCAGUAACUCGGUGAUCAUGCCCAUAUGAUGUCACGACCGCUGCAUUAUCAUUAUACAUAGGCGCGAUGUAGACGAUGUAUUUACUUAGCAACAAUUAUCGUCCGCAAGGGCAAAGUUUUGUCAAGUCCCUCUUCUUCGUGUCGCCUUGACGGUGGGCACUCUUCGCGCGGUUUGAGCUUAAGCCGUUCAGAUGUUUUGGUGCCGAAGCAACUGGGAGGUCCUAAUCGACAGUGAGCUCCUAAAGGGGAAUCAGCGAAAUCCAUCAGGCACUAAUGCACGUAUCAAUUAGCAAUGGC